AUGACGCGAACAACCCAAUACUUUACGGCACUGUCAAUAUGCGGCCUCGUCACUAUGCUGCAUUACGCAAUACUUCACCCCGCGUUGGACGCGGCCGGUGAAAUGCUUCGCGGUCCACAAUGCUUCCAACAACCAGGCGUGACACGCUACCCCAUCCUGCCCGGCUGGUUAAACCAGCUAUGCUGUAUGCUCAACGUCUACUUCAUGACCGCAUACAGUAACCCGGACACACGGCUCGUCACUGCAGACUUUGGGGCGUUCAUCAUCUGCGGAACGUUUAUCAGCACCUACGAGACCUUUCGCCCACGAUCCGGAUGGGGAUCGCGCCUGGCAGCGCCGUUCAUGGCCCUCGGCCAACUGGCCACAUGGGCCGCCGCCAUUCCAGCUUACCUCGCUAUUGACAACAGCGCCCGCCCUCCAGCUGGAACCCCUAACCGUCCUCGGCCUGAGGGUGCUUGGACGGCGUUGUUGGCGACCACACUGGGACUCGCGCUUCCGAGCGUAUACCUGGAAGUCACUCACUGGUCCUACUUGGCUUUGGCACUCUGGCAGCCGUUCCCGCUCUACAUCGUGGCCCUCAGCGUCCUCCUCCCACCAUUGCUGCGGACAUUCGGUCCCUACACGCCGACUGUCCCCAUUGCCCUCGUGACCUUGCUGGGUGCGGCAGCAUCAAUCUACGCCCGUACUGCUCUUAUCACUGGAACAGACAGCUCACUCGCCGAGCUCUUCCUCGUCACCAACCGCCCUGCGUCGUCUGACCUCGCCUACGCCGCGCGUCUCUUGUUCACCCUCGACUACGCAUUCAGCGUCCUCGCCAUCGCCAGCCGGGUGAUCCUCGACAGCCCACUGGGCGUUGCAGUUGCGCUUGUUACAGUUCUGCUUUCAGCAGUCACAGUGGGGCCCGGAGCAGGCGUCAUUACGCUCUGGGCGUACCAGGAGCUGACAGCUGGGUCUGUUGUUGCCCACAAAAACGAGUAG